GAGGAGCUGUGGGCCCAGCCAGCCUUGGAGAUGCCGAAGAGACGGGACAUCCUUGCAAUCAUCCUCAUUGUGUUGCCCUGGACACUACUCAUCACUGUCUGGCACCAGAGCACCAUCGCACCCCUGCUCACCGUGCACAAGGAUGACGCAAGUGAUGCCAAGCGCAACGUGCCAGGUGCGGACCCCAGAGAGUAUUGCAUGUCCGACCGCGACAUCGUGGAGGUGGUCCGGACUGAAUAUGUGUACACACGGCCCCCGCCGUGGUCGGACACGCUGCCCACUAUCCACGUGGUUACGCCCACUUACAGCCGCCCAGUACAGAAGGCUGAGCUGACGCGCAUGGCCAACACAUUGUUGCACGUGCCCAACCUACACUGGCUAGUGGUGGAGGAUGCGCCCCGACGCACGCCGCUGACAGCUCGCCUGCUGCGUGACACAGGCCUCAAUUACACGCAUCUGCACGUGGAGACGCCUCGAAACUACAAACUGCGUGGCGACGCCCGCGACCCGCGCAUUCCCCGCGGCACCAUGCAACGCAACUUGGCACUGCGCUGGCUGCGCGAGACCUUCCCCCGCAACUCCAGCCAGCCCGGUGUGGUCUACUUCGCAGACGAUGACAACACCUACAGCCUGGAGCUCUUCGAGGAGAUGCGAAGCACCCGUAGGGUGUCUGUGUGGCCAGUCGCCUUCGUAGGUGGCCUCCGGUACGAGGCCCCACGGGUGAAUGGAGCAGGGAAGGUGGUCGGCUGGAAGACAGUGUUUGACCCUCACCGACCAUUUGCUAUAGACAUGGCUGGAUUUGCCGUCAACCUGCGACUUAUUCUUCAGCGAAGUCAGGCCUACUUCAAACUGCGUGGUGUGAAGGGUGGCUACCAGGAAAGCAGCCUCCUUCGAGAACUUGUUACCCUCAGUGACCUGGAGCCCAAGGCAGCCAACUGCACCAAGAUCCUGGUGUGGCACACUCGGACUGAGAAGCCAGUGCUGGUGAACGAGGGGAAGAAAGGCUUCACAGACCCCAGCAUGGAGAUCUGA